CAGACGAGGGAGUUCCGAUUGCCGAUCUACGUUGUCUGCAUAAUUUUACAAAUAGUAGUAUUAUAGUAUCCCCAUGCAAGUUAGACAGUAAAUAGUAUGAAACUAAUUAAAAUUUGGAAAAUAGUAACAGUAGUAAUAGUAAUCUGAAAAUGACAGAGGCCACACUUUUCCUGGCAGUGCUUACUGCUGUCACAUAUGUUUUUUUUUAACAUCCGUGACCCAAAUCACCCACACACGCUCAAAGAGAGUCGUCUGACUCUGCAGAGUUAACAAAGGCAGAACAAAACCGCUGAGGUCGACUCUGAAAAGAACAGAAAGGAUUUUCCGUCAACAACCUCAUGUUCACUACAGUGUACUUUACCACAACAUAUGUACCGGUUUGGUUACUGUCAUGCUGCAGCUUUGCAUAAAUGCUUUUCAUCUUAGAGAAAGCCUCCUGACGGGGACUUAGAUAUCUGUACCAAAUGUCAUGGCACUCUAUCAAGUAAUUGUGGAGACAUUUUACUCAAAACAAAAACUGAUAGUGACACUAGAGAAAGAGCAAGGGGAUUGCCAAAGUCAAUGGGAUUCACCCUCGGAGGACCAUGAAUGUGUGUACCAAAUUUCAAGGCAUAGUGUGUGUAAAACCAUGUAAAUAAUCAGCUGAUGUUGUGCUUGAAGGAGUUCUUUAAGAAAUUGUAUUAAUCAUUUCUUCAUUUCAAAAUCGCCCACUUUUCACCUGUUCUGUGCUACAUCAAAACUUUUGGAAGAGGAAGUGAGUGCACUGUAGGCCAUGCUGAUUUUGCGCGGUUGGGGGUGGGUUAUGGUUUGGUGCUGGACUGUGCCAUUGCAUGUGAGACAGGGGGUGGCACAGCGGUUUCAUCAGUCCAGUCAGUUUUUCUGUUGCUCUUCAACUUCCUUAUUUGCGCGUAAGUACUGUUUCCUUCCGCUUACUGAUGCGGUUCUAUGUCAGCGCAGAGCUUGCAAGUCUGCUCUGUUAACCUGUCAAAGAAGAACACAUCUGUACUUUACAAAGUGGUCAAUGCAGUCUGUUGAUACCACACACUUGUCUUCAGUUUGAGAGACAACACUGUUUUCGUCUGGGCCGUUGAGAUUGUGAAAGACUGCUUCAAUGGGUCCUUUCAUGUAUGUGUUUUACGUGACUGUACGUGUAUGAGAGAGAAGGAAGAAAGUGAAAUGGUGUAUGUGGGCGUGACAGCAAUGUUUGUCUGUAUGCAGUAGUAUACACUGUGUGUGUUUGUGUGAUGUCGGGAGACACCAGCACCCUGUCCUGGAGGAGCAUGUCUCCCACCAGCCAGUCAGAUUCCUCGGAUAUGUCUCCCUCGGCAACUGUGGCCAGGGACAGCAUCUUCCCAGUGAAGAUCAUCAAAGUGUGUUUCCUUAGCAACAGCUCCAAUCUGGGCAAGAACUUCAAACUGGUCCGCUGUGAAGAAGGAUGGACUGUCAAGGCUAUCGUUAACCUGGUGCUGUCCAGUGGCUGUGUGGGACCAGGCAUAAAAUACAGCCAGUGCUAUGGCCUCCUCCUCAAACACCUCAAGUCCUCAGAGAUACACUGGCUGCACCCAGACCUGGCUGUGUCUGAACUCACCCAGCGCUACGAGCAGCAGCACCUAGAGGCUGAGUGGAGAUAUGACCUGAGAAUCAGAUACAUCCCCUCAGACUUCAUGGAGAAAUUCAAAGAUGACAGUACCACCAUGCUCUACUUUUACCAGCAGGUACGAAGUGACUACAUGCAGCAGUAUGCCUCAAAAGUGAGUGAUGGGAUGGCUCUACAGCUCGGUUGUCUGGAAAUUAGGAGGUUCUACAAAGACAUGAAUCCAAAUGGACUGGAGAAAAAGUCAAACUUUGAGCUAUUAGAGAAGGACGUGGGACUGGACCUGUUCUUCCCCAGAGAGCUGAUCAACAGCAUGAAGCCCAAGCAGUUACGUCGGCUGAUCCAGCAGACGUUCCUGGGCUACUCCACUCUGAAGCAGGACCAGUGCAUGACCAAGUUCUUCACCACUCUGGCUCAGUGUUACAGCUACACACAGGAGAGCUUCGCCUGUCAGCUAGUGCAUGGUUGGAAUCUAACAAUAGACCUGGUCAUCGGCCCUGAAGGCAUCAGUCAACAAACUGAAAACUCCACACCCGUUUGCUUGGCCACGUUCUCUGAGGUGCGCAGUAUCUCCUGCUCUGCUGAGAGUGACAGUCGGGCUCUGCUCACUGUACACAUCGAGGGAGCCAAACAGCCACUGUCAGUGAACACCUCCUCCCUGGCUGUGGCAGAAAACAUGGCCGACCUGAUCGACGGCUACUGCCGGCUGGAAGGCAGCUCUGAGAGCUCGCUCAUUAUCCGGCCCAGCAAAGGGAGAGACAUGAAACUGAAAUUACCUGACAUCCCAAAACAGGGUGGUCCCAGUGGUUCUUUUAGAAGCUUGAGUUCGGACAUUUAUGCUGAGAUUCCAGAAAAUGCAGCAGCCUGCGGUGAGAAGCACAGGAUCUCCAGAGACGACGUUGUUGUGGGUCGGCUCCUGGGUGAGGGAUUCUUCGGAGAGGUUCAUGAUGGCGUUUAUAAAAGCCCAACAGGAGAGAGGAUCUGUGUGGCCAUCAAAACAUGUAAGGACUGUUCAGCUGAAGUAAAGGAAAAGUUUCUCAGUGAAGCUGGCUUGAUGAAAAAUCUGGAUCAUCCCCACAUUGUUAGACUAAUCGGAGUCAUUGAAGUGGAUCCUGUCUGGAUCGUCAUGGAGCUGCUUGAACACGGAGAGCUGGGGAACUAUCUCGUCGAGGAGCAGGACAUCCUGAACUCUGCAACGUUAAUCCUGUACUGUCUACAAAUCUGCAAAGCCUUGGCUUACUUGGAAGGACUCAACAUGGUGCACAGAGAUAUAGCGGUGAGAAAUGUCUUGGUGGCAUCUCCUAAAUGCGUCAAGCUCGGCGACUUUGGCCUGUCUCGCUACGUGGACGAACAAGAGUAUUAUAAAGCCUCAGUUAGUCGAUUACCGAUCAAAUGGAUGGCGCCUGAGUCCAUCAACUUCAGACGCUUCACCACAGCCAGUGAUGUCUGGAUGUUUGGGGUGUGUGUGUGGGAGAUCUUCUCCAUGGCCCAGCAGCCGUUCUUCUGGCUAGAGAACGGGCAGGUGAUCAACCAGCUGGAGUUGGGGAUUCGACUUCCCAAGCCCCAGCAUUGCCCGCCCACCGUCUACUCCCUGCUCACCCGCUGCUGGGCCUACGAGCCUCACGGCCGACCCAGCUUCGGCCACCUCGUCUGCUCCCUAAGUGACAUCCACAGGAUAGAGUUGGAGCAGAAGGGGGGGCAAGACAGAACUUGCUCCGUCGCAUUAUUUGACCCUAAACACGUCACAGAGCCUCCACCCAAGCCAUCUAGAAUACAAGGCAACACCCUUCCUCGAGUUACGCACACACAGAGGACAGACAGGGAUACCAGGCCGGUGUGGGAGAAAGAGAAAGAGCAAGUGGAGGACACUUUACAAACAAGAAAAGAGAUGCUGAUGGAUAAACAGUGGCUGGAGCAGGAGGAGAGACGACUGGAUCCUAUUGUACGAGUGGAUUCCCACACCAAGCCUCCUGAAAAAAGGCCAGAAGAUGGUCCUCCAGACAAGCCAACAAUACCUCCCACAGUCCCACAGCCUCGUCCCACAGCUGAGAUGGACCGAUCAGGUGACCAGGUUUACACCGGCGUCAUGGCGAUGGUGAAGCAGGUGGUUCAGCUGAAGAAUGAUGUCAACACGCUGCCCGCCUCCGAGUAUCCUAAUGCUGUCAGAGUGGUGGGCGUCCUUCUUCGUAGCCUGAUCCAAAGUGUGGAUGAGAUCCUGCCCUCUCUGCACAGCUCUGUUACAACAGAGAUCGAUGGCACUAAGAAACUGCUGAACAAGGAUUUAGGGGAGCUGAUCAACAAGAUGCGCCUGGCACAGCAGAACUCCAUAACGUCGCUAAAAGAGGAAUGCCAGCGGCAGAUGUUGGCAGCUGCUCACACUCUGGCACUGGACUCCAAAAACCUGCUGGAUGCUGUGGACCAGGCUCGAAUCAGGGCCAACCUGGCCAAGCCCAGACCUGCCUCAUGUGAUGCAGAGGAUUCUGGGGACUGAAGUUUCCUAUUGAUCCUACAGACUCUGGUGUAAAAA